UGCAGAUGGCGCAUCCGUUAACAGAGGGAGCAAGUCGGGCGUUAAAAUGUUGCUCAAGGCUGAAGUCCCCUGGAUCACGUUUGGCUGGUGUGUAGCACAUCGUCUCGAGUUAUCAUUAAAAGAAAAAUUAGGAAAAACAGCCUCAUUCAAUGACGUUGAUUACAUGAUUUUAAAAAUGCAUUACAUUUACAAAAAAUCCCCCAAAAAGUUAAGACAGUUGGGUGAACUCGUUUCUAUUUUAGAAGAUGAUGAAUAUAACAUUGGUGGUUACCGACCUAAGAAAGCCUCCGGUACACGAUGGAUUUCACAUAAAGUUCAGGCUUUAGAAAUGAUUUUAAAUAAAUACGGUGUUUAUUUAACACAUCUGGAAAAUAUGACUGAAGAUAUAACAUUUACCAAUGCUGAAAGAGCUAAGUUUAAAGGAUACCACAAAAAGUGGAUUCAUGCUAGAAUGCCCCUUUAUAUCGCGUUGUUUAUUGAGAUUUUAGCACCAGCAAAGAUGUUGUCAAAAUGUUUUCAAAGUGAUGAGAUAGAUGUGUUGGCUUCAUCAGGGUUUGUUCAACAAGCUAAAAGCCAUUUAAAUCGUAUUCAAAAAACAAAGUUUAUUAAUUUGCCAACAGUAAAACGUUUUCUCGCCAAAGUGACUGAAAAAGAAGGAAAGUUUUAUUUCCAGGGUGUUGCACUUAACGACUUUGUUAAUGCUAAACAUUUAGUAAAAAAGUCUAAAUCUAUUCAUAUCGAGUUGGUAACAAAUUCAAUCAUAGAGCGUUUGGAAACAAGCGAUACUAUUACUGAUAUGUAUGGUACAAAAGUUUUAAAUACAGAAGGUUGGCUUCAAAGUAUUGAAAAUGAAACAUUCCUGGAUGAAGGAAUAGAAAUUCUUUUUGACUUUUAUAGAGCGCCGUUGCGACAUGCUGGUUUUGCAGGAACUGUAAAUGAUGUUUUGGAUGCUUGGCAUAGCUUGGUAAACUACACUGUAAAAUAUUUAGCACCACAUAAUACCGGUUAUCGUAAGUUAUGGCAUCAAAUUUUUUCUAGCUCAAUGAAAAAUGAAUGGGUUCCGGUUUUACUUAUUGUCGAACUAUUACUUACUUUGCCUGUUUCUAAUGCGAAAGUUGAACGCCUUUUUUCACUAAUGAAUAGAGUAAAAACGGAUACAAGAAACUCUCUGAAAGAGAAACGUUUAGAAAAUUUAAUUCGAGUAAGUUUCGAUAAAAAAGAUUCCAAUUUAUUUGAUUUAAGUUCUGCUAUCGAGUUAUGGACCAAUGAUGCCGUGCGAAGGCCAAAACAAUAAGUAAGAAAAUGCUAUUCCAAAAGAGCAAAAAAAGCAGGAUUAAAAACAUUAAUCGACUUGGAUUCAUCAUCUAACGAAUCAAGUAAUGAAUAGCGCAAAACGAGAUUAUUUUUUCUCACCUUUUUUUAGUUUAAAAAAGUUUUAAUAAUCAAAUAUUGGUUAAAAAGUUCAUUACCUUUU